AGGUAGGAACGGGUGGGGCGAUUGGCAGUUUAAGGAUUGGAAGGCCCUUGGGAGAUCUAGGGCUGGACUUGGGACCCGGUGAGCCUCACCGGAAAUAUCGUUCCUCUUCAGCCUGCUCUCUCUUUCCGAAGGCCCCACCGGCUUCCCGGAUGGAGCCCGCGCCCCGGUCGACAUUCUCGGACUGCAGAGAGACAGGGACACUGGUAAAGAUGAGAGAAUUGGGCCAGAUUAUCUACCUGAUUGAUGAUUAUAAAAAUACCUUCUUUGGGGCUGGGCGUGGUGUCUCACACCUGUAAUCCCAGCACUUCGGGAGGCCGAGGCGGAUGGAUCAUGAGUGCCUGGCUGGGCUGCGAGCCCUUUAAGAACCUCUCAGACGGGAGGCGGGGCUAGAGGAGCGGACCUGUAAGAAUCACGUGAGGCGACGCCGGCGCAGAAGGGUCACGUGGUGGCUGGGCCGGGGAAAUGGCGGCUUCAGGAGAGAGCGGGACUUCAGGCGGCGGAGGCAGCACCGAGGAAGCAUUUAUGACCUUCUACAGUGAGGUGAAACAAAUAGAGAAGAGAGACUCGGUUCUAACUUCGAAAAAUCAGAUUGAAAGACUGACCCGUCCUGGUUCCUCUUACUUCAAUUUGAACCCAUUUGAGGUUCUUCAGAUAGAUCCUGAAGUUACAGAUGAAGAAAUAAAAAAGAGGUUUCGGCAGUUAUCCAUCUUGGUGCAUCCUGACAAAAAUCAAGAUGAUGCUGACAGAGCACAAAAGGCUUUUGAAGCUGUGGACAAAGCUUACAAGUUGCUACUGGAUCAGGAGCAAAAGAAGAGGGCCCUGGAUGUAAUUCAGGCAGGAAAAGAAUACGUGGAACACACUGUGAAAGAGCGAAAAAAACAAUUAAAGAAGGAAGGAAAACCUACAAUUGUAGAGGAGGAUGAUCCUGAGCUGUUCAAACAAGCUGUAUAUAAACAGACAAUGAAACUCUUUGCAGAGCUGGAAAUUAAAAGGAAAGAGAGAGAAGCCAAAGAGAUGCAUGAAAGGAAACGACAAAGGGAAGAAGAGAUUGAAGCUCAAGAAAAAGCCAAACGGGAAAGAGAGUGGCAGAAAAACUUUGAGGAAAGUCGAGAUGGUCGUGUGGACAGCUGGCGAAACUUCCAAGCCAAUACAAAGGGGAAGAAAGAGAAGAAAAAUCGGACCUUCCUGAGACCACCGAAAGUAAAAAUGGAGCAACGUGAGUGACCACCCAAGGUCACAGGCACAGAACCUUUCCCCUGCUAUCUCCCUUCCUGCUUCGAAGGACUCAUUCUUUCCUCCCACUUCCACCCCAACAUAGAGUAGUAUUUGCUUUUUAGUCCAUUUUGUUUUCAAUACGAUUUAAUAUCGAUCAGAGUAAUUCUUUUGUACAUUGAAAUGAGGGGCUUGGUUUAAAAAAAGACCUUUCCCUCUCCCUGCCCCUAGAACAACCAGUAUUAGAAGGUGCCACCGUUGGUGCUGCCUUCUCUUCCCACAGCCUGUAACUCAGUGUUUUGUACUUCACUGAAUUGUGAUGGUUAGAAACUUCGUGGAUAGUUUGUGGAAAUCAUCCAAUUAAACAUACUGCUUAAAACGGUGUUGCUGUGACUUCAGAGACAAGCCUGGAAGGGGCACCUUAGGAAGCCCCUUCGCUUCAGUUGCUCGCUUCUGGGUGUGCUCCCUUCGAAGGCCCAGAUAAGACAGGGAACACUUGUGAGCACACAGAGGAGCAUCUGAUGCCCUGUGGUGUUUGGCAUGUGCCCCCGUCUACUGACCAAUCAGUGUGGCAUGAGGCCCACGCCACGCAAACCUUUCACUUUCCAAAGAGCUAGCCGUCCUCCACCCAGUACCAUGUCCUAGCCUGUCUGCAUUUGUUAGUGGUAAUAUUCUUUAUGUAUAAUAAAUUUUUAUACCCAA